GUGGACAUGAAGAGACUUUGUUGCAUCUUGUUCAUGAUGGUCAUUGAAUGUUUUGCUGGUGAACUAGUAUACACAGACUGCAACAAGAACCAGCACGUGCUGCAUGUCAGUUCUGCGAGCUUGAGCCCAUACCCGCCAAAAGUACCUGGUAACCUGACAGUUUCCGGUCAACUUGAACUUGGCAAAAAUAUAUCCGGUAACAUUCAACUUGACGUCAGCAUUCAUAAGAAGGAACUUUUUCUCUGGAUCCGUGUCCCUUGUGUAUCUAACGUUGGAAGUUGCACGUAUGAUUUCUGCAGCUUGUUGGCUUCAAAUUUCGUUAGCAACGGGAAAGCAUCAUGUCCUCCUGAUCUGACAGCACAGAAAUUCUCCUGCACAUGCCCAAUACAAACUGGAACAUACACGCUUAAACCAGUCGUAAUACAAAUUCCAAAAAUAUCAAGCAUAGUUUCCGAUCUGAUAUCGGGAGACUACAAAGUUGUUGCAAAACUUGUAAACAAAGAUACAGGAGAACAGAUAGGAUGUUACCAUGUUGAAAUAACUUUAGAUCAUUCCUGUUCAGGCUUUGGAUGUAUUCUUGGAUAAUUUACUGCUAUCAACUGAAUCAAUAUGUUUAUCUUAUUGUUUAAUGAAUCUAAAUAUAGAUAAU